AUGCGUGACGAAAUUAGAUCAUGCAGCUUGCGAACAACUAAUUUCCUUAAGAAGUUUCAGUUUUUUGGCUUUAUAAUUUCGCAUGUUGGUUUGUGUGCAUUAGUUGCUGUUUAUGCGGUUUUGGGAGCGUUUAUGUUCCGAAAAUUGGAAUAUCCCGAAGAGUUGAAAUUUCAAGGUCAUAUAGCAAAUGAUACUUGGGCGGUCGUAAAUGGACUGUAUAGGUUCAUUGAUUCAAGUGAUGUGAUUGAAGAAGCAGAAGUAAAAAACAAAGCACAUCAAUUGCUCAAAGUUUUCGAGCUCCAACUUGUCAAUGCUGUGAAUUUCGAAGGUUUUGACGACAAAGAUAUGAUUACACCGAAAUGCCAGUGGACGUUUUCUGGAUAUGGUCAUAUCUGUCCAAAAACACCUUUGGGCCGUGGUAUGACGAUAAUGUACGCAAUGAUUGGUAUACCUCUAAUGUUAUUGUGUUUGGCAAAUAUUGCUGAAAGUCUUGCUCAGGUAUUUACAUUUGUAUAUUUCAAAAUGUGCUGUGCAUACUGUAGAUGGCAACAGAAUCGUCGGCGUGUUCGUCGUUCAGCGCUCAGCUUUCGAUAUCAUCCCAAUGCGCCAAUGAAUGUUCGACGAGGCCCAACAGGACGUUAUAACCAACGUCAUAGUGGAGUGCGACGCCAUGGAAGUUUGACGCGACUACAUAUGACACGUAGGAAAGGUACUUGGAGUGAUACCAAAAGCAUCCGUAGUUCACGAAGUUUAACUAACCGCCAUGAUAAAUUUGAUACGGCUUCUCUUCCAGGACGUCGAAAUCUUGCAGCUUUAAAUAUUCGUUCGCCAUAUGAUAGUAUACAGAAGCCUGCAAGAGAAUCGACUGGAACGGUUAAUCGCAUCCGAUCAAAUGAUGUUGCAUCAUAUUGUUCUUCUCCACAAAGUAUAACUAAUCUGAAACGAAAACGUAGCUGUUGUCGCUUGUCUCCAAGCAAAUCAGCGAAUGAACAAUCAUACAUUUAUUCUAAAGGGGGAAUACCGGUUCGGUAUCAAAAUGAUGGUGAAUCAAAAGGUGCUUUCAUUGAAUUCAAAAGUUACAAUGUUGGUGCAGUCGUAACAUCUGCUGGUUUGCAUCCAAAUGUGACUGGACAUAUUUCUGUUCCUCAGCUCAGGUUUUCUUUCGAAGUUUACUUUGAAAUCACAACUUUGUUUCACUAA